UUCACACGUGGAGUGUCGAAGUCCGCAGAGCAAAACGUUCAUGUAGCCGCCGCCAGGCGCGCAUAAGAUUGUCUUUUGAUUUUGUUUGCAGGUUACCAGGCCCUGUCAACUCAUGAGUCUUGAAUUUUUUGAUCAACUCCUGGCAGAGUUGAGUGACCAAAGUCACCCGUGCACAGUUGACUUACGGCUCUGCGGCUUGGCUUACUUCGAGUUUUGCGCAGCGGCUCGUUCAUUGCAUAAUAACGUUGACUCGUGGACAUCAAUGAAACCUUUUCUCGAUAGGGCGUAUCAAAAAAUGACCCGCUUACCGCCAUCCGAGACCCUUUGCUGGCGAAGGCUAUACACAGACGCCUGCCUCUUAUGUGCCAUAUCUCAGGUUUCUGAUUUGGUACAGGAUGAUGCAGCAGCUACAGAGGCUGUUGCUAUCUUGGAUCGUGCUAUCAUUAUAGCAGGCGCUCCUGGCAGAUUGGACUCCAUCCAUCAACUCAUCAAAGAUAUCCAAGAGAACUAUCUGACGCUGAAACCACUCAUAACCUCUUCUGCUCACAAACAACCUCUAACACAAAUGUACCACUCCAGCGCCUUUUCCCUUUGUGUUCCUUGCAUUGACCCCCCACCAAAUAUCCUCGGGAGGCAGUGGUCACAAAAACCAUUUGUACUCCAACGUCAUGGUUACGUACAAGGUUGGAAGGCCCUUAGUUCGUGGGCGUCUAUUGACUAUCUCCGUUCCGUGGCGGGCCCUGGUCGUCUUGUGCCUGUCGAAGUUGGGAAAGACUACAGGACUGAAGAAUGGACGCAAAGACUGAUGAGCUGGGACUGUUUUCUACAGUCUCUCGACUUUCCUGAACACCCAGCUCAACCCCAGAACGAGGUGUUAUAUCUUGCACAACAUAACCUCUUCAUGCAAUUCCCGGCGCUUGAAGGGGAUAUUGGUAUUCCCGAAUAUGUUUAUGCAUGCCCUGACCCCCCAUCCUGUUAUCCUGCUUACAAACCUCCGGGAAAUACGGAUGGGUUGAUCAUCAAUGCAUGGCUUGGCCCAAGGGGUACCAUUUCCCCGGCCCAUACUGACCCCUUCUUUAAUUGUUAUGUCCAAGUGGUCGGUCGCAAGACUGUUUGGCUCGCACCGCCUGAUGUUUGCGGUCUGAUGUAUCCAUUCGACACAUCGACAUCUGACACUGCUGAUAAGUCUCGCAAUCCGGCGGCCAACGUUACGGAGCCAUCGAUGUGCAAUACAUCUCGGGUGGAUGUGUUUCCUGAUUCCACGGAGGCAGAGCAAGCGUCGCGAGAUGCUUUCCCUGAUUUUUGGAAAGAGGUGCCGCAGAGAGCUAUGUGCGUGACCUUGGCCCCCGGUGAUGUGCUAUUUUUUCCUCCUGGAUGGUGGCAUGCGAUGCGGAGUGAAGAGACGAGUUUUUCUAUCUCGAUGUGGUUUUAGUUGUGGUUUUAAGAUGGCGUUGUGUACAUAUAUAUGUUGAUGGUGACCAUUAUGAGC